AUGACUACUGCAGCAGUAUUUGGCUCCACGGGAGCAGUGGGCUCCCAGAUCCUAGCUACACUCUUGGCGUCAGACGCGUUUUCAUCUGUCAAGACGGUCUCAAGGAGACUUCCCAAAACACAGUCUCCCAAGCUACAAGCGAUCGAGGAGGGUGAUACGGCAAAAUGGGGCAGCACGAUCUCAGCUCUAUCUCCGAAGCCCUCUGUGGUUUUCAACGCGGUCGGCACCACCAGAGCCGCAGCUGGGGGUAUUCAGAACCAGUGGAAGAUUGAUCAUGACCUGUGCAUUGAGAAUGCCAAAGCAGCCAAAGAAGCUGGAGUAAAGACCUACGUGUACAUCUCAAGUGCUGGAACCCGCGGAUUUCUCUCAGGUUAUGUACCAUACUCGAAGAUGAAGGUCGGAGUGGAGGAUGCGAUCAAGGAGCUUGGUUUCGAGCAGGCUAUUAUUCUCAGACCCGGAAUGAUCCUCGGGCGAGAGACGGCCAAGGCUCCAGUGUUCGAGUACAUUAUUGGAAAUCUGAACAAGCUAGGCCAAGGUGCCCAAGACUGGAUUGGUCAAGAUCAAACCAUCAUUGGCCGAGCAGCCGUUGCUGCGGUGCAAAGGGCCGAGGAGGGAAAAGCACCAUCCAAAUAUUGGGUGCUUGAACAGGCGGACAUUGUCCGACUUGGUCGAGAAGAGUGGAAACAGUAA